AACCCUAUGGCAGCAGGUCGGACUGUGGUAUAUUCUGACAGGCAGGAGCAGAAGUUGUCAGUGUCCAUCAGAGGAAUUCUUCAUGCAGGAUAUGAUGGGAGGAGAAUGGAGAAUCACCUCCUCAAGAUGGGUGGUGGUCAGAAGGAGAAGAAGAAAACGAAGAAGAAGAAGAAGAAGAAGGAAGGGGAUAUGCUAGGAGGAGGCGACAUGAGAUACGCACGCUCGUUUAUGGGAAAGACUAUGGCGGCACGAGGAGAGGUAGAGGUCGGUUCUGUGAACCUGCCCAUCUUCUUUCCAUCUGAACCGCAGAUCGGGCGAGGGAUCUGCGGUUGCUGUUGCAGUCGGUUGGUGUGCGGAUGGCUUCACCGCGAGGUCCACUUGAGGCUCAGAAGAGGAUCUCCUCCUCUCGCGCCAUUUCCCGGCUUCUUGUCGUCCGUCAGUCUGUCAUCGCAAUCUGACGACUCCUCCCUCCUCCCUCCCUCCAAGCUUCCGGAUACUCUUCCAUUGAACCUUCCGCUGAAUCUUCCGAUCCAUGCCGUCCCCUCGAGGACAAUGAGGAAGGCGAGGAGGAGGAGCUGUGCUAUCCCGAUCAACACCGCAGGUACACCUGUCACUGUGGUGCCUGAUUGGGACCGUCAAAGUUCUGCCAGAGAACAGCCUGUUGGCAAGGGUUCUGGUGCUUUGGAGGGGGGGUCUAGACCCCCUCAACGAACGGUGAAUUUGCCGGACAAAGGGGGAGGAGGAGGACGGAAGAAGAACCCCGACAAGAUGGGAGGGAUGAAAGAGAGCGACCUCGGGUUGUCGGAGGCAGAGGUGCAGGACUUCAAGGCGCGACUGAAAGAACAGAGGGAGCGCGGACUGAAGCUUAUCCGAAGCAAAUUUGGAGAAGGCGGGAAGCAAGGAGAAGGCGGUGCUGUCGACAACUCUGUUGACCCACGAACCUUGGUCCCUGGGGAGUUUAUUGUGCACAAACGUGUCGGUAUCGGCCAGUUUGUUGGGAUGCGGUAUGAAAUUCCCAAGGGGAAGACAAAGCCUUCAUUGUUCAUCUUCCUGCAAUAUGCAGACGGCCUUGCCAAGCUAAGGGCAUCGCAGGCGGACAGACUGCUUUACAGAUAUCGAAGUCGAGGAGAGGUGGGGAAGGAUCCGAGGCUGUCGAAGCUGAAGGACACAUCUACGUGGGAGCGACAAAAGCGGCAGGGGAAGAUGGUCAUACAGAAGCUGGUUGUUGACAUGAUGGAGCUCUAUGUCAAUCGACUUCGCCAAUCCCGGCCACCAUACGAAAAGAUGGAGAUGGAGAUGACAAAAUUUGCAUCGUCCUUUCCUUACACACCAACUCCCGAUCAG